AUGAAGCUCAAGUGCUGCAACGCAGACCAAGCGGCGCACGCGGAGCCCCUGCGGUCGCUGAAGCUUCAAGAUUGGCAGCGGAACCCGUGUGGAGCCCUUCGCUUCUUGAGUGCUGGAUGGGUGGAGGCCUCCCAAAUUCUUCAACUGCUUUUGGCAGCUUCCAUACAGACGAAUGUGUUUCACUUCCAUGCGUUGUCGGGUGCUGUUUCUCGGGCCAAGCCGUGGCCCCGAGCACUUCAGAUGCUGUGCAGCGUGGGUAACCACCCGGAGGUUGCUGCCGACGCGGUGAGCUUGAAUGCUGCCAUCCGCGCCGGAGCGAAGGGACAACGCUUGACGCCGAUAGAGGCUACAAACCAAGUUCAAGCCUGA